AUGAUCAAGAAUGUUGCGAUAGUUACAUAUUUGAUUUAUCAUAAUAUACCAAUUUGCAGUGAAGAUGGUUUUGAAACUUUUGAAGAGCAAUUUUCAAAUAUUGCGAUAUACAACAACAUUUCAACCAGAACAAGUGAAAAUGGCUUUGAAUCUUUCGAAGAGCAGGUUUUAAAUACUGCUGUGCAGAGUGAUUUAAUUAGAACAGUGGAUGUACUAGCAGUUGGGCAAAGAUUUGGUAGUUGGGAUGAACUCAACCGCUUUAUAUCUUUUUAUACCAAAUUACAAAAUUUUGUGAGUGUCAUACGUGGGUCAGAAUAUAGCAAUGAGAUUUGUAAAAGCCACCGAUAUGUUUGUGAACAUCAAGUUCGAGCUAGUUGUUCCAAGACAACUGGCAUAUUAAAAAUUAAUUCAGUUUGUUUGAAUCACAACAACCACCUAAUAACUGAAGAAACCAAUAAAUUUGCCUUAAAAUAUCAAGUAUUUUCUGAAGAUAUGCUAAAAAACAUUAAAUUUUGGACUGAGACUGGAAAUAUAAAUAUGAGAACACAAUACCAAAUGUUGACAAAACAAUACCCGGAUGCUUUUUUUUUGCCUCAGGACCUUUCAAACGCCAUUCAAACAUUUAAAUGGCAAAAUUAUAUUGAAUGUGAAGCGGCUAUCUUACUUAAUAACCUUCUUGAACAUAAGUCUGAAGACAACAGAUAG